UUACUGAAACCCAACGUGCUUCGGUGAGGCGCGAGUGUCGCGUCUGUUUGCUUGUGUACUUCAACCAAAACUGGGACAUGAUGCAGUUAGUAAGCAGAAGUAGCACACAGACUGCUGGACGGUGAGGUAUAAAGCCAAUAUGGUACUGUCUGUUACCCGACUUUAGCUCAGCACCUGCUAGCUGCUAAUACCAAACUCCAAGCCACGCGGUAGGAAUAGUGGGAUGACUAGGAAUUUCCUGCUCUUAUCGUCGUCCCUCAUAAUAGUUUAUGGCGCAGUGAACUACUUCAGCUCUUGAUAAUAUUUAGACGAAACGCUUGAAGGAACCGGAAGCAAAAAUAAUUUCAAAAUAAGAGUUUAAAUUAGAAAUUGAGAUACUGAAAAACGCGGAAUAUUUUUUUACAAUGUGAAAAUGUAAAUGAAAGUUACCAGAAAAAGAAAUAAAUUCAUACAUACAUUUCAACAGUUAGAAAGAAGCCUAAUAAUAAGUCUAAUUUUUUUUUAAAAAGUUGCUAUUUUUCCAGUCAGCAAAGCUUCUGGAGUUCUAAACUCUGACUCCAAUAAUCAGCAUGGUCAUCCAGGGACCUGUCAUCUGCACUCUGCUGUACGUUGUCCUUGACAGUGUCAUCACCACUGUCCUAUACAUCAAGGGGACAGAGCUGUCCCUCUUCAUACGUGAUGUCCUGGACUUUAACAUCCUAAGCUCUGCCCUUGACCUGUGGGGCAUUAUACUUCUCCGAACAUCCCUCCUGCUGGGUGCCUCCAUUGGGGUUUUAUGGAACAGGGACGACGGCCCGGCCAGGGUCGCCCGGGUCACCACCGUCAUCCUCCUCUUCUGGAUGGUUGUCAUCACCUACACCCUGGCCAAGCUGCUGAUGCUGACCGAGGUGGAGCCCCUCAGCCGGCAUCCGUGGCUCCUGAGCCUGAUGGGAUGGACCUGCGCCUCCUCCCUGGGAGUCGUGCUGCUCUGGAGGCAGCUCGGGAGGGUUUCCAGCUCUGUGAGCGAGCUGGACGACAGAGACAGCCGUGGUGGAGGAGGAAGGGUCUCCGAGGACUCGGAGAAGCUGGUGGAUACAGCUGGUGAAGAGGAGGAGGCAGGAGGGAGGAAGGAGAAAGAGAAGGUCAGCUCUAGGGCUACGUUGGGACGCUUGCUCAGCUACUGCAGAAAGGAUGCCGGACUGCUUUCCCUAGCCGUCCUCUUCCUGUUCAUCUCUGCAGUGUGUGAAGCUUUCAUUCCAUUAUACUACGGGAAGGCAAUAGACAGUAUUGUGGUCCACCAGAGCAUGGAGUACUUUGCUAAACCUGUAGCAACAUUGGCUUCACUGGCUUUGGUCAGCUCGGUGGCCAUUGGAGUGCGAGGAGGAGUCUUCACUCUGACAUUUGCGAGAUUAAACCUUCGGCUGAGGAGCCGCCUCUUCAGAACCCUGAUGACGCAGGAAAUUGCCUUUUUUGAUGAAAACCACACUGGGGACAUCCUUUCACGUCUGUCAGCAGACACCACCCAGGUGAGCGACCUCAUCUCCCAGAACGUCAACGUGUUUUUGCGGAGCGUCAUCAAGGGCACCGGCUUCAUCAUCUUCAUGUUUCGGAUGUCCUGGAAGCUCACGCUGGUCACCAUGAUGGGAUUCCCUUUCAUUGCUCUCGUCUCCAAGCUUUACGGCGAAUACUACAAGAAACUGACCAAAGAGGUGCAAACGGUCCUAGCAGAAGCUAACAAGGUCGCUGAAGAGACCAUCUCAGCCAUGAGGACCGUGAGGAGCUUCGCCAAUGAAAGUGGGGAGGCCGACUCCUAUUACGCCAAACUCUUGGUCAUGUUCCAGCUCAACAAAAAGCAAGCCCUGGCCUACGCCUGCUACAUGUGGUCCAGUUGUAUAUCAGAGCUUGCUCUUGAGGUGGCUGUCCUCUACUACGGAGGCCAUCUUGUACUCACCAACCAGUUAAGCAGCGGCAGCUUGAUUUCCUUUUUUAUUUACAUGCUGGAGCUGGGAGAAUGUUUUGAGAGCAUUGCGUCAGUCUACACUGGCCUCAUGCAGGGGGUUGGAGCAGCUGAGAAGGUGUUUGAGUAUCUGGACAGGAAACCCAAACAUCCAGCGGAGGGCACCGCGGCUCCAGACUCCUGCACUGGUCUGGUUGAGUUUAAAGACAUCACCUUCGCUUAUCCAACGCGGCCAGAGAUCGAUGUCCUCAAGGGAGUGUCGUUCACUCUGCGGCCCGGAGAGGUGACUGCUUUGGUGGGGCCUUCAGGCAGUGGAAAGAGCUCCUGUGUUAGUCUGCUGGAAAAUUUCUACCUCCCUCAGAGAGGCCAAGUGCUGCUGGACGGGAAGCCUGUUAAUGAGUUUCAGCAUGACUAUCUGCACUCCAAGAUUGCUCUGGUGGGCCAAGAGCCUGUGCUAUUUGCCCGGACCAUUAAGGAGAACAUCUCCUAUGGCCUGAGUGACGUCACCAUGGAGACGGUGGUGCAGGCAGCCACCAAGGCUAAUGCUCAUGACUUCAUCACCAACCUCCCCAAAGGCUAUGAUACAAGUGUUGGAGAGAAAGGUUUGCAGUUGUCUGGGGGACAAAAACAACGGGUGGCUAUAGCCAGAGCUCUUAUCCGCGAGCCACGCGUCCUCAUCCUGGACGAAGCCACAAGUGCUCUGGACGCAGAAAGUGAACAUAUUGUUCAGCAGGCUUUGAACAGCAUCAUGCAGGAACACACAGUGCUGGUAAUCGCCCACCGGCUCAGCACGGUGGAAAAGGCCGACAACAUCCUCGUGAUCGACAGGGGCCAAGUGGCCGAGCGGGGGAACCACAGUCAGCUGAUGGCCACCGGUGGCCUCUACUGCAAGCUGGUGCAGAGGCAGGUCCUGGGCAUCGAAACCGGGGCGGAGGUCCUCAAUCCGUCGGAGACGGUCCGGUGGAAGUCUGACAGAGGGCGGAGGAGACAAAGCACCAGCAGCAGCGGAAGCGAGUCGGAGCACAAUAUGCGCUACUGAGAUCGAGCUGCAAAAUGUGUUCAACAUGACAGGCAAAUGAUAAUCAGGCUGGUCUGGGCCAUCGAGACGGGAAAUAAGCCCUCUAAAAAUUGAAGCACUCCACUGAUAUCCAAAGAUUCUGUACAAAAUUUUACAUCUACUUACUUAACAGCUUUGUUAAAGUACUGCAGGUAUUCUUAACAGCAUACAAUGUCAAAUAACAUUAAAUAAAAGCAAGAAAAAUAAUUUCACAACUUUUUCACUUAAAUUUGAGUAUGGAGUAUAACAGCACAAAUUAUGACUACUUUUAUUACUUCUUCUGUAGUGUUGAAUGCUAGAAAAGCCUCUGUUGUGCUGCUCAGUGAACAAUAGUAAACAACAAUAGAACAACUAAACUAUUUAUCAUUAACCAAUGGUCUGUGUGUGGGAUACAAGCACUGCUGGAUAGAAAUGCUGGGGCGGACUAAAUGCUGGAGUGGAGUGCUUCUGUUUGCGUGCUUGAACAGGAGAUUUUAGAUGCAGGCCGGCCGAUACAAUCCGAUGCUCAGUUUUUAGCUGAUAUACCGAUUUCUGAUAUUAAUAUCGUAUCCAGACAAGCUUUAUUUUACACAAUUCAACUCAAAAACAAACUUGGAAGACAAAAAUACAAAAAAUUGAAAAUGUGCAAUAACCCAGUUUUAUCCUCAAGGGCUGGUGUGCUGCAUGUUUUACAUUAUUCUCUGGUUUAGAGUGUCAGAAUAAAACUAAAUCGUUUAUUACAAGAACAGAUAGAAUAUGAUCAGAAGGUAAUUCAUCCAUUAAUUCAGCUGUGCACAUUUUGAGAGCAUUUGUUCAUACAAUACUUGAAUGCAUCACAAGCCUUGAUUCAAUCUUCACGAAAAAAAAGGGAUAUGCUGCUGUCAAUGCACUUUUUUUUUUAGCAAUACCUCAUCAACAUGUCACUGUAACAGUUUUUUUACUUUGAAGCUGUUUUUUAACUUCUGUUUUAUUAUAAAAAUGAAUUCCUUUAUUGGCACUACAUAAGCUGGAUAUUCUGAAAAUGAUAAAAAGGUGUGAUUGCUAAGUAUGUAUAAAAAAAUUUAUGAUCUGCUUGUUUUUGAAGAAAGUCUUAAUUGUCAAACACAGACAAAGAGCCAUAGAUAUUUACAGCAAAUAUUGUAAUGGCAACUACUUUAGUGCUUCCAGUUCUGUAAAGUUGUGGUGUAAAUGCCAUGUUUAGGGUGUGUGUGUGUGUGUGUUUAUUCUAAAGUAUACAACUGCAAUGGUUUUUAAGCUGAAAUUUUGAUUUACGGUGGAUUCUCUCAAAUCCACACGGGAUAAAAUAAACAAAUUCAGAUGACAAAAAUCAGUUCAAACAUGUAAACUGAAGUUAUUGGGAUGUGUUACCAAAAACAAUUAAACUUUAAGCUUCAGAUUCAAUGACACUGACUGAAGUGUUCAGGA